GGCCUCUUGGGAGAGAAGUACGGCAACAUCCGAAUACCGGGGGAAGUUGAGUCAGCAGAAUUUGAAAUGAUCCUGGAUGCUGCUGUAGAGGCCAAGCUAGAGACAAGGCUCUUAGAAGAGUGGUACUGCAGGGAUGAGAACGCGGUGCCACCAGCGUAUUACCUCAGACCGAAAUCUGAAAUGCUGAAGAACUACCAGAAUACGAUGGAAUCUUCUUCAAACUCUGUGAAUGAGAACAAAUGGCAAGAUAUAUCAGAAGAGAUUAAGAAGAUUUUCAAGACUGCUGUGAAAUUGCUGUAUGAGAAAGGAAAAAUGAAACACAGCCAAGCAAAGAGAUACCUUUCCUCUGCUAUUGAAGAUGAACUUGAUUUUGCCUUGGGUAAACAAACACCGGCUUUCCUAAAGAAGUGUGUUUGCUACAUCCGAAAGAUUGCCAACAUUGAGCGUUUCGUUAAAAUCCCAGAGAUGGGAAAAUACAUGGACGUGGUACAUACAGCUGGGAAGUUUCUACGAGAUCCUGAAGCGCAUGAGAAACUGAUCAAGCUCAGGGACGAAUUCAUUCCUACCAUCGUGGCAUCGGCCAACCUGAGGGUGUAUACGUCCGUCACGCACUGCGACAUGAAACUGGGCUACUCCCAAGAAGUGGAGAACCAUUACAUCGAAGGACUUGGUAAACAGUUCUACGAAGACAUGAUUGAUAUAAUCCAAGCGACAGUGCAGCAGAAUUUUGACACCGAGACGGACUUGCUGUACGACGAAGUUCUUCAGCACUCGUCGCUAUGUAAAACCUACUCAGCUUUUUAUGAAUAUAGAUGUGAGGCAUUAAACAUAGUUCACAAGUAUGUUCUACCAAGCAAAAUAGGACACAUUAACCCUCUUAUCAUAUACGGAGGACCGUGCACAGGGAAGACUCUUUUAUUAGCUGAAGUGGCGAAAAAGUCCUAUUCCUGGUUGCAAGAAGAGAUGGGACCAGAUUCUGACCCUGUGGUAGUUAUAAGAUUUUUGGGAUCUACUGAAACAAGUACAGAUCUGAAGAAUAUACUUCAAAGCAUUUGUGAACAAUUAGCAGUCAACUAUCGUUGCCUCGUACAAAGCUACCCAAAAAAGAUUCAUGACCUUCGGGACUUGUUCAUCAAUCUCUUGAAUGAGUCGUCAUUCCACAGGCCGCUGGUGAUAAUUUUCGAUGCCCUAGAACAACUAACAGAUAGCGAUGAUGGUAGGAAGCUCUGGUGGCUUCCCAUUCACCUUCCCCGUUCAGUACGGAUAAUUUUGUCAACACUGCCAAACAAACAUGGGAUCCUGCAGAAACUGAGGUGCCUUAUUCAUGAAGAAGACAACUACAUUGAAUUGACUGCAAGGGACAGAAAGAUGUGUAGCCAAGUACUGAAACAUCAGCUGCUGCGAGUUAAAAGAAAGGUAACAUCAGGGCAACAAAUCUACGUCAAUGAAGCAUUCUCCAAGUGCACACUGCCUAUGUUUGUGAAUUUAACCUUCAGAGAGGUCAGGAACUGGAGAUCUCACAAAGACGUGGAUGAGUCCUCUCUCUGUGUCACUGUCCAUGAAAGCAUAGAGCAGUUGUUCUGGUCACUGGAAAACAAGUGUGGAUCAAGACUAUUGCAAAGAGCACUUGGCUACAUCACUAUGGCCAAAUCUGGCCUGAGUGAAAUGGAACUGGAAGAUAUUUUAGCCCUUGACAAUAGCGUUAUUUAUGAACUGGGUGAGAGCGUCAGAGAAAGUAACCCACUGAGAAUUCCUUAUAUAUACAUUGCAAGGCUUAAGGAGGGCUUACAGGGGUACUUGAUAGAGCGACAGGUGAAAAAUGUAACGCUGCUUCUCUGGGCAAACAGGCACUUGCAACUAAUUGCCCAGAAACUGUACCUGCACAAUGAAGAAGACUUACGUGAAAUGCACACAGUCAUGGCAGAGUAUUUCCUUGGUGUUUGGUCAGGUGGACGAAGAAAACCUUUUUUCAGCAAGGAUCAAUAUCUGAAUGCUUGUCCUGGUCGUGACAUUAGAGGCCUGAGCGAGGAUGAGAAGCACUGCAUGGAUCAGACUGCUUUUGACAGACAGGCACCUGAUCAGCCAUGGGUCUUUCAGUGUAAUCCAUUAGAGCCCGAUAUCUUUUUUAUCAAUCACCGAAAAAUGACGGAGCUUAUUCAUCACUUGACAAGAUGUGGGAGAACGGAUGACCUUCUGUACGGAGUCAUUAUGAACUUCAGCUGGCUGUACACCAUGAUUAGAAUAGGGCAGUUUGAUAAAGCACUUUCUGACAUAGAACUGGCUUACACCUACUCUCAAGAAAAGGAGCUGAAAUUUCUGGCCAGUACCCUCCGCAGCAUAAAGUUCAAAGUAGUAAAAUACCCAGGUUCGCUCUCAGCAGAAUUGCAGCAGAGGCUUCUCCCAGUAGUAAGUUCAUUGCCCAAACUCAGACAUCUCCUCUUAGAAUGUGACAAGGACGGACCCAAGUACUGCUCUAUCGUCCCUUUGCAUUCCUCCAUGGAUGUGACUUACAGCCCCGAGCGCCUGCCACUGUCCUCCAGCUGCAUGCACGUCACUGACAUUUUGCCAACUUUUAAUCCCAGCACAGUUAUUGCUGCUUUGGAAAAUGGCUCCAUCAGCACUUGGGAUGUAGAGACCCGCCAGUUACUAAGGCAGAUUACAACAGCUCCAUCGGUUAUCUUAGGGAUGAAGCUUACCAGUGAUGAAAAGUAUCUUGUGGUGGCCACAACAAAUAACACUCUCUUGAUAUACGAUAACGUAAAUUCCUGUCUUCUGUCUGAGGUGGAAAUUAAAGGGUCAAAACAUUGUGGAAUUGGAGGGGGCUCCAGUUUUAUAAAUGGAUUUACGCUGUCGGUCAACCAUGCGCUCGCUUGGCUGGAGGCCAGCAAAGACGUUACUGUAAUAGAUCUGCUUUACGGUUGGCCUCUCUAUCACUUCCACUGCUGGUACGAAGUGACCUGCGUGCAGUGCUCUCCAGAUGGAGUUUAUGCGUUCUGCGGCCAGUACUUGAACACCGCCACCAUUUUUCACUUGGGCAGCGGAGAGAAGCUGGCUACCGUGACCUCUGAAUUUUCUAGUGGGUUUGUGAAAUUCCUUCUCAUUCUGGACACGGCCCAAGAAAUGGUGAUGGUGGACAACGAGGGUAGCCUCUCUGUUUGGAAUACGGAGGAAAUCACAAAUCCCCAGCUUACGGAUGACUUUGACUGCAGGAGAGAAGACAGUGAAGUUGUCAGCAUAGAGCUUUCUGAAGACCAAAGUGCAAUUUUAAUUUGUAAGGCUCUCAGCAUUGAGCUUCUUGACACUCAUGUGUGGAAGGUGGCUGAAAAGUUUAGAGCUAAACACAACGAGCGCUUUAUAUCUGCCGUGUUGUCCAAAAAUGGCAACUGUAUAAUUGCUUCAAUGGAAAAUACCUCAGCCAUUUUUGUUUGGAGAAGAGAUACGGGACAGUGUAUGGCAAGCUUACAGGAAAUCUCAGGAACUAUAGUCAGGCUAAUAAAAUCAAAUCAUCAUAACAUGCUGCUAUCCUUAUCCACCAGUGGUGUCCUUUCUAUUUGGGAUAUAGACAUCAUAACUGCUAUGUCCAAUAUUGACAAAUCUGGCAAGCCUAUCCAAAGAUUGGUGUUGCCAGCCAGAGGUGAAUUAAUAUACACGUUGGAUGGAUCGGAUUCUGUCCACAAGUGGAACUUCAGCACUGGAUUUAUUGAAGCUGUGUUCAAGCAUGAAGGUAUUGUCGAAAACUGUGUGCUGACCUCUUCUGGAGAGAUAAUGGUUACAUCAGACGAUAAAUGCAGUCAGUACGUAUGGCACACUGUUAGCGGCGAAAAUAUCUUUCGCAUCAACGGACAAAAGAUCUCAGAGCUAAUGAUUACUCAUAACGAUCAAUUUGUAGUCUCCCUCUGCGAGCAAAAUGCAUCCAGAGUUUGGCGCCUGGCUACAGGACAUAGGGUUUGCAAUAUUUUAGUUGCCUUACAGAAUGCAUUUAUAACAACUGCAAAUACAUUCGUAGUCGGAAUGGCAAAGAACAAAGUGUUGGCAGUGAGCCUCUGGACAGGCAGUAUAACCAAGAAGUUUUGCUGUGAUGAUGGUGCAAGCAUUGUGGAUAUUAAGCUGAUACCAGACUGCCCAGAUAUUGUAGUAUUUAUAACAUCCACUGAAACUGUGAACAUCUGGAGCCUAACAGAGGAAGUCAUCUGCAGACGUGUACAGUUGCCUACCAAUUUCUUAAAAAAUUUGGAAGACUUCGAAAUAUCCCCAAAUGGGAAGCUAGGAAUUAUAACCCGCGGUGAUGAGAACAUCAAUGUGCUUGACUUACACAGUGGAAAACUUCGUGUGGUUCACGCUCCAGGUAUCAUCUGGCGGCAGAGGCUGUCUCGGGAUGGCCGCUAUCUUGUGUACAUCUGUUUUCGCAGUGAAGAAGAUGAUGACAAUGGUGCAGUCUCCAGCUUAAUAGUAAUGAGGCUAGCAGAUGGCAAAAACAUCGGUGCCUGUUCCCUUUAUAAAACUCCCACUUUUCUUGCACUCUCACAGAGACAUCUAAAUAUUAUUAUUGGCUUUGAUGACGGAAGUAUAGGUACUUACACUGUAGUGGAUCGAGUCGACGCUGCACUGAAAAUCAAAAUUGCUACUUCAAACAGCCGUCAGAUUUUCAACAACACAACACAAGUGAUUAGGCCAAAAUGUCACAAUUACAGCUUCAAAGUGACUGCAGACUGCAUCUGGAGGGAAUCAACGGAGGUCUUUGCAAGGGACAGCCCCAUUACAGUUACAGAGCCUGAGGUGAGUGAAGCAACACCAACCAAAAAACACAACUAUUGCUAUGAGAAAGUGUGCUCCGCCAUAGACUGCAGAGGACACAGUUUUGCUGCUGACAACUGAGUAACUGUCUGGACUAGCUUAUCUGAGUAAUAGUAUACUUGCAUAGAUUUGUCUUCUGAAUUCACGUAAAAAUCAGUGCAUUUCUUGGAAGACAGACAGGAACAGCAGAGGGCAGACCAGCUGUUUUUUUCCUCGGCAAAUAUGUUUAUGUAAAGAAAAAAAGCAAACAUAAAGCAAAUGGGCUGCAGGGUUUUUUAAAUUUUGGAAUACAAGGUUCAGUCCAGGAUUUCACCAGGGCCUUGAUUAAAAAAUUCUAGCAAUACUAUCAAAAUUGUUACGCU